AUGGACGACGCCUGUCUUGUCUUUAAAACGGCAUUCGACUGGUUGGCAGUUAUCAUAGCUGAUCGCCUACUCCUGAAAGACGGCCUUGGACCCAAGUUUGCACCGUUUCUUGCAGAAAGAAUAACCAUUGAAAAGGUCCUAGAGCUGGCGGACUAUCCCUUCCCACGCCAACAGGCCGUGAUAAGCAACGUCAUCCAUCGCACAUUCCGCGAAUAUAACGUGAACCUCAAUCACUAUCUAAUUUACAGAGACUUAAUGUCCUCUGUUGGCGAAGGGAGUACUUCGAGCCAUGUUGUGGACAGCUCCAUGCUUAAGAAAAGCUUAGAGCAUCACAAGAUUGCUGGGACAACAGAUUGUCUUCCAAUCUAUUAUAUUUAUAAGGAACUGAUUGAAAAUACGCCUCUUGCUGGCUCGCACUUUUACUACUACAAGAGAAUACACUUUUACUUCAGCUUGUUAGUCGCUCUCUUAACUUCAUUAGUCGUUAGUAUUAUUUGGGGCGGCGAACUGGUGUCCAUCCUGGCCAGUUUGAGACUCUAA